AUGUUAAAAGCAUUUUUUGUUUAUUUGACAGAAAACAAAUCGAAAAUUUGCAACCAAAUGAAAUUAAUUAUGAGUUUAAUCUCGAUACGAACAAGAUCACAACAUGACGAUCAUCACAUGACCUGCAGAACCGCGAGAAAAAAAGAAACGCGAUCAAAUUAUUUCAAAAUUGGGAGUGAACAGACACAGAUGAUGAUUUGGUUAAAGACACAAACUAAGUAUGAAGAUAUCUGA